GAGCAGUCGCUUGGCCGACGUCAAAUCCGAUUCCGCCGGAAAAUCGAAGGCAGUAUGAUCUUCCUUUCUUCAGAGCCCGUUACGCCUAUGCUGGGAGACGACGACGUGCAAGAUGACCGGGGCCUUGUCUGCAGCAUCUUUCAUCCUCCCCGCCCCAAUCAUCUUUCCUACCAUGAAAAACCUUGCCUCAAAGAUGCCUACUUCAUCACCUCUGCAGAUAUGAUCGAUCUUGCAGAAUUCCUUCUCGAUUUUCAUUUCUCUAUUGAGGAGAAACUUCGUAUCUGGAAGGUACUCGAAGCCUUUCACCCGAUCCCCGUAACGACGACCAUCCAGUCACCCGGGUCAUUUAGGAGGAAAGACCUGGAACUCUUCACAUGGGAUGUUCUUGUUCAGGCACUCGAAUCGAUUAUCCAGAAAUAUGUAUGUUCUCCACGUAUACCUUGCAUGUCAACUACCCAUCCUUCUUUUAGACAUUUUACGAGAACAAACGCUUGUUUUUCAGUGAACCGGAAAUUUGUAGUGACCCGGCCCAUCGUCUCUUUACUUCCCUCCCUCUCCAUUCCCCCGACAUCUUAG